AGAGAUAACAGUAGGAAGUUCAACUGUUAUCAUGUUAUCCUUGACCUACAGACAACCGAGUAAUUUGAGAGUAAUCGAUCUCCAUAACUGAAGUGGACUGUACGUGUAGAGUUCAAAAAAUAUUAAGAAGUGAAUAAGUGAAGUGCAUCUAAAGAAGUUGGUAGACAAGCUAGAAGAUGAGUUGCAAUUGUGACUACGUGGUUCCAAAUAAGGAGUCGUUAGCACCGCAUUAUGACAACUGUCGGUUGAUGUGGGACGAACUACAUCCAGGAAAACCAUGCCCCAAAAAUGCAGAUGGUACCAUAAUGUUGCCGAACAAACAUCUCGCCGGCCUGGAUGUGGACAUUCUGUACCACUUAGGACUUGACACAAAGACUUAUGAUCUUCCUGCAAUGUUUGGAGAUGUCAAGUUUGUCUGUAUGGGCGGCACGAAGGUUCGUAUGCGUGAGUUUGCUGAGUACAUGAGAGAGGUGUUGGAUCUGCCGAACAAAGGGGAGAGGCUGGUGAACCUCACCAAACACUCGCAGAGAUACGCCAUGUACAAAGUUGGACCUGUUCUCUCCGUCAGUCAUGGCAUAGGCAUCCCAUCGAUGACGACAGUCCUUCAAGAGGUGAUCAAGUUGAUGUCCUACGCGAAAGCCAAGGACCCUAUCUUCUUCAGAAUAGGCACAUCGGGAGGUCUCUCCAUACCGGCCGGCUCCGUCGUCGUCUCGUCUUUUGGACUAAAUGGCAAUUUGGAACAGACCUAUGAUAUUCCAAUAUUAGGCAAAACUCGCAAGCUGCCGGCACUCCUCGACCAGAGAGUAUAUCAAGAGGUCCAUUCCUUGAGCUCAGCGGACGAUGGCUUCGGUACCUACAUCGGAGGAACUAUGGGAGCUGAUGACUUUUACAGAGGCCAAGGGCGUCUCGACGGUCCUUUCUGCGACUACACUGAGGCAGACAAGAUGGCUUUUCUAAGAUCUCUGACUGGCAUGGGUGUCCGUAACAUAGAGAUGGAAGCCCCAGCCUUCAGCGCUUAUACUAGAGAAGCAGGGAUCCGCGCUUGUAUUGUUUGCAUCACUUUCUUGGACAGACUUCAAGGCGACCAGGUUCGUUGCGCUGCGUAUAGAUGGCGUUGUUUUAAAGUUUUUAAUGUUUUGGGGAUGUUUGGUAGAUGGCGUGUUAGUUGUGAGUUUGCUAUCCUUAUUAUUCUCUUUUUUUAA